ACCAGCUACAUCACCAAACCCUAGUAAUCUCUCAUCCGCACAAGUAUCUUAUCUUUAUAGCUUUUAAAGAUUGACAAAAGCUUUCUUCAGAUUCACAAUCUCAUCACACACACACAACCCUUCAAAAAAGAAAGAAAGAACAGACAAAAGAUCUAAAGAAUAAACAAGAACCCUACUACAAUCAAAUCAAAACCAAACCAAGAAGCAAAAGUUUCCUCUUUAUAUUCUCUUCUCCUCUUCUUGUUCUUGAAAAACUAGGGUUUUGUUUUAUUGUCCAAAAGAAAAGAUCUUUCAUCAGAAAAAGCAACACCAAACUCAUGUUUGUGUGUGUGUCUGAAUAUAGAUAAACAAAUUACAUCACAUAAUAAGGUUACAUAUAAAAGAAGAAGGAAAAAUGGGAAGGGGAAGGGUAGAGCUAAAGAGGAUCGAGAACAAGAUUAACAGACAAGUCACGUUUGCUAAGCGUAGGAACGGUUUGCUGAAAAAAGCCUAUGAGCUUUCAGUUCUCUGCGAUGCUGAGGUUUCUCUCAUCGUCUUCUCCAACCGUGGCAAGCUCUAUGAGUUCUGCAGCACCUCCAACAUGCUCAAGACACUGGAAAGGUACCAGAAGUGUAGCUAUGGUUCAGUUGAAGUCAACAACAAACCUGCCAAAGAACUCGAGAAUAGCUACAGAGAGUAUUUGAAGCUGAAAGGUAGAUAUGAAAAUCUGCAACGCCAGCAGAGAAAUCUACUUGGAGAAGACCUUGGACCCCUCAACUCAAAGGAGCUAGAGCAGCUUGAGCGUCAACUAGACGGCUCUCUCAAGCAAGUUCGUUGCAUCAAGACACAGUAUAUGCUUGACCAGCUCACUGACCUCCAAGGCAAAGAGCAUAUCUUGCUUGAAGCCAAUCGUGCCUUGUCAAUGAAGCUGGAAGAUAUGAUAGGCGUGAGAAGUCACCAAAUAGGAGGGGCAUGGGAAGGUGGUGAUCAACAACAUGUUGCCUAUGGACAUCAUCAGGCUCAAUCUCAGGGACUAUUCCAGCCUCUUGAAUGUGAUCCCACUUUGCAAAUGGGAUACAACCAUCCAGUGUGCUCAGAGCAAAUGGUAGUAACGGCACAAGGUCAGUCAUCCCAACCAGGAAACAACGGCUACAUCCCUGGCUGGAUGCUGUGAGUGUGAUACUUCUUCUACCUCCCAAUAAAGAUCUUUAAGGAUGCAAGUGGUGGGUUCUUGAUGAUGAUGAAUGAGAAUGGAUUCUACGAAUUAAGUAUGGUUUUGUGUUUAUAUAUGCUGCUGCAUAAGACUUCUGAUUUCUAGACAUAAGUGGCUAUAACUGUCACAGCCUUCAAUAUCUCUCUUCUGUUUUAGUAGAUGUUUGUGCCUUUUGAGUCCUUUGCUUAUAUAUAAAUGGAUUGUAAUGAGUGAAA